UUCAACUCAUUGGACUCACACACAUGCUUGUCUUUCCGUGAGUGAGUUUUUUCACGUUUGGUAUGAAUCCAACUGUGGAAUGCUGAAGAAACAGGUCGAAAACUGCGUCGCGAAACUUUUCCAGCAUGAAGCCGCUGCUGAAUGAACGGACCUGCUCUUUAUUCCGCAGUAACUGGCAGCAUACUUUAACAUACUGGAGUGUGUUCUUCAGUUUUGGACUGUGUGUCGCUUUUCUGGGUCCGACCAUCCUGGACCUGAGAUGUCAGACCCAGUCCACCCUACAGGAGAUCACACUGGUCUUCUUCUCCCAGCAGUUUUUCCUCUUUAUUGGAAGCACCAUUGGAGGAUUCUUCAGUAAAACGCUUGUGAGCUCUUUGUCAGCUCUGGCUGUGUCCACCCUCAUCAUCUCUGUGGUUUUUGCCAUCAUCCCACUAUGCCAUAAGUUACUCUUGCUGGCGUUCGCCAUGGCGGUGUCUGGUCUUGCCAUGGGCAUCAUUGACACCAUAUCUAACCUGCAGUUGGUGAAGAUCUACCAGAAAGACUCUACAGUUUUCCUGCAGGCUCUACACUUCUUUGUCGGUCUCGGGGCAUUAAUGAGCCCCCUUAUAGCUGACCCCUUCCUGUCUGAUACCAAUUGUGUAAUAGGAAACAGCAGCAUCAAUACAACAUCAUUAAGUCAUCUGAGGAACACACUCGCAGGCAGACAAAUACAAAAUGUGUCCAAUGUCCACCUCCACACCGAGGGCGAAGUGGUGACCAACGUCUCCUACGCUUUCUGGAUCAUGGCUCUCAUCAACCUGCCUGUACCCAUCGGAAUAUUCAUUCUUAUGUAUCGGGAGCGUUUGUUUGCAUGUGGUUCCCCCAGUCACCGUUUGCUAAAUGGAGACGUUCUGGCAAAAAAAAACUGGGGAACCACAGGACAGUCAGAAGACAAUGGGAAUCAGAAAGAGGAUCCUAAAAGCCAUAUAGAACUGUUCAGCUGCUGUCUCCUUGGCAACAUGCACAGUCUUCCGUUGUCUUUCUUUGGUAUCCAUAUCCUUGGGGGUCUGGUGCUCUUUUUUUACGAUGGUUUAGUGGGCUCAUACACAGGCUUCGUCUACACCUACGCAGUGGCGCCCCCUUUGAGUCUACCUCAUAAGACAGCCGGCUACUUGACGUGCAUCUUCUGGGCGGCCAUUACCGUGGGACGCUUAUCUGCCAUACCUCUGUCUUACCGCUUGAAACCUGUAAAACUCCUAAUCAUCAAUCAGGUGGGUGUGAUAGUCACACUACUUCUCCUACUGUUUUUUUCUAACAGUAGUGUGUUCCUCUUCAUUGGCACCUGCUGUCUUGGUCUGUUCAUAAGCAGUGUCUUCCCCUGCAUGCUUGCACUCACCGAAGACAUCCUAGAAUACAAAGGUUGUGCCACUACAGUCCUGGUGACCAGUGCUGGGAUGGGAGAGAUGUUACUACAGGUGCUUGUAGGAUCGGUGAUGUACAUUCAUGGCAGUUUCAGCUUCCUGUUGUGUGGAAUGGUCUUUGGCUGCAUGGCAUUCAUUUUCUUCAUUUUGCUGUUCUUUGUCCAGCAAAAUCACAAAAACUUCACUGAAGUUUUACCCAAUAAUCCCCCUGUAGAAAGGCUUGAGGAGAAUGGGAUCAAGACCUGCUCUAGUGCAGUACUGAACUCAUGGGAUAUCUCAGAGUGGAAAGCAUCAAUCGAUCCAGAGCAAUGACAGUCUGAGGGUAUCCAGAGAGAACAUGGAUGCAGAGAGGACUGCAGUAAAGGGAUGGAGUCGUUGACUCAGGGCACUUGAGACAUUCCCAUUGCUAAACUAACAGCAGCAACCAAAUAUAUUCUUGGACAAUGAUACAAAUCAAUGACAAUUUUGAAUGUACAGCUUUUUUGGCCACCAAGGACAGCAUAUCAGAAUGUUAAAAAGAUUUAUUUUUGAUAAAUGAACAAUUACAUUUGUUAUUGCACAAACAUCGCAAUUUAAUCAUGUUUAAUGGAUCCAAUGUCACUGAAUAUGCGCAAUACAGUAACUUGAAGUAAAUGGAAAUUGUUUUGUGCUCAUUGGUCAGCAUUUUUCCAAGAAUCAUCACUUUAAUAUCAGUUGAAAAAAUGGUUUCUCAUUAGAUCAAAUUGUCAAUACUAAGAAGG